GAGGAGCGGAAGCAGUUGAGCUGUUGAGGUGAAUGGUGAUAGACUCAACUCAAGUUUCGCUUACGUGGCCCAUCAUCCGAACUCUCUUUCCUCUGCGAAAUUUAAAAAACAGAGUGUGCGAGUGCGAGUGCGAGUGCGAGUGCGAGAGAAAAGCGUAGUCACGUAACGGAAAAACACAGAAGCAACCAAAAUAGCUUCCCUUCUUCUCCUCCCUCUCUUCUUCUUCUUCCUUCCUCUCCUACUCCUCUUUUACUCUACGCCGCAACCAAUGGACACCUUGAUCGCACUCGUCAACCGCAUUCAGCGCGCCUGUACGCUUCUCGGCGACCACGGCGCCGACGCCGCCUUGCCUACUCUAUGGGAAGCGCUUCCCUCCGUCGCCGUCGUCGGCGGCCAGAGUUCUGGAAAGUCGUCGGUGCUUGAGAGCAUUGUCGGCCGCGAUUUUCUUCCCAGGGGAUCAGGGAUUGUGACUCGGAGGCCUUUGGUGCUGCAACUGCACAAAACAGAGCAAGGAAUGCAAGACUAUGCGGAGUUUCUGCACUUGCCUAAGAAACGCUUUACUGAUUUCUCUAUGGUUCGAAAGGAAAUUGAAGAUGAAACUGAUAGACUGACUGGGAAAUCAAAACAGAUAUCUCCUGUUCCUAUUCAUCUCAGCAUCUAUUCCCCAAAUGUUGUCAAUCUAACACUGAUCGAUCUGCCUGGUUUGACAAAGGUUGCUGUAGAGGGACAGCCAGAAAGUAUUGUUCAAGACAUUGAAAGCAUGAUUCACUCAUAUGUUGACAAGCCUAAUUGCUUAAUUUUGGCCAUUACUCCAGCAAAUCAAGAUGUAGCAACAUCAGAUGCCAUCAAGGUUUCUAGACAAGUUGACCCUGCAGGGGAAAGAACAUUUGGUGUGUUGACAAAGCUUGAUUUGAUGGACAAAGGAACAAAUGCUCGGGAUGUCCUCGAGGGAAGAUCGUAUAGACUUCAAAACCCUUGGGUGGGAAUUGUAAACCGUUCUCAGGCAGAUAUUAAUAGGAAUGUGGAUAUGAUUGCUGCUCGGAAGCGGGAGCGUGAAUUUUUCGCCACCAAUCCUGAUUACUCACACUUAGCCAGCCAAAUGGGCUCCGAAUAUCUAGCAAGGCUUCUGUCAAAGCAUUUGGAGUCUGUGAUAAGAGCUCGGAUUCCAGGUAUUGCGUCUUUAAUUAAUAGAAGCAUCAAUGAUCUUGAAGCAGAGUUGGCACGCCUUGGUCGACCAAUUGCUGUUGACGCUGGGGCCCAGCUGUACACUAUUCUAGAAUUAUGCCGCGCAUUUGAACGAGUUUUUAAGGAGCAUUUAGAUGGAGGGCGACCAGGUGGAGAUAGAAUUUAUGUGGUUUUCGAUUACCAGCUUCCUGCUGCAUUGAGAAAGCUUCCACUGGACCGUCAUUUGUCGUUGCAAAGUGUAAGAAAAGUGAUUUCAGAGGCAGACGGGUACCAACCUCAUCUAAUCGCCCCAGAGCAAGGUUACCGACGCCUACUGGAGAGUUCAAUGAAUUUUUUCAAAGGUCCCGCGCAAGCUUCUGUGGAUUCUGUUCAUUUCAUUCUGAAGGAACUCGUGAGAAAGUCAGUUGCAGAAACGCAGGAGUUGAAACGCUUCCCAACUCUUCAAACUGAAAUAGCAGCAGCUGCUAAUGAUGCAUUAGAGAGAUUCCGUGAAGACAGUAGGAAGACAACGUUACGGUUGGUGGAAAUGGAAUCUUCCUAUAUCACCGUCGAUUUCUUCCGUAAACUCCCGCAGGAAGUUGACAAGGGAGGGAAUCCAGCUCCCUCCUCAGUAGAUCGGUAUGCAGAGGGACACUUUCAGAGGAUCGGUUCAAAUGUUUUAUCCUAUGUUGGGAUGGUAUCAGAAACGUUGAGGAAUACCAUUCCAAAGGCUGUGGUUCAUUGUCAAGUGAGGGAGGCUAAACGAUCAUUACUAGACUAUUUUUACGCACAACUGGGCAAAAAGGAGGUACAAUACGUAAAAAAAAUUUUGAAUCACCUGCUGACCUGCUACUACCAUAUUAAACUGUAUUCACGUAUCAUUUCCACGAUUCAUCCUCUUUUUGAGGGAAACAAGCAUGAAGAUAUAAUUUGGGAAUUGAAUUGGACUACUGCUAAAUACUUUACAGGCUCAGAUAAAUGCAUUUCUCAGUAAUCUGAGGAUACAACAACGAGAAAGGGAAUGGGACGAUUUGUUCAUUUUGUUGACUAAUUUUUUCUUUGCUUUUAU